AUGGCACUAAGCCCGUGCCCACGGUCCCCGCGGACCCAAAAACUCGACCCGUCGGCCCCACUCUUCCCGCCAGGUGUCACAGUCGAGAUCCUGAGCCGAAUGCCCCUCAAGGAUGCGGCCCGCCUCCAGCUCGUCUCCAAGGAAUGGCAGUCCCUCAUCCAAUCCCACUACUUCAAGGACCGCCACAUGGCCCACGCCGAGGUCAUCCAUUGCCAUUUCAACGUCGUGCCCAACCGGGCCAACGCCUCGGCCUACUGUUCCUUCUCCUUCGCGGAUGGCCGAGACGGCCUCCUCCUCAUGAAAAAUAAAACCCAAAACACAAUCUGCCUCUGGAACCCUGCCAUCAAACGGGCCCUCGAGCUGCCCGGCCCUCACCGGGGCAGCCGCAGGGCAGCCCUCGCCUUCUCCCGGGCAGCCACUGGCAGCUACCGCGUCGUGUCUUUCCACCGUGACCCGGAAGGCUGCGAGGUCCUCGACCCCGGCGGGGCCCGCGUGUGGAGGCCGCUCGAUUUCCCCGAGAUGGUCACCACCGGUGGGGCCCACCAGACGGUUGUUGUUUCGUCGGGCGAGGCCGCGCACUGUGUUUAUUUCGCGGAAACCGAGAUUGUCGUGGUGUCGUUGGACCUCGAGGCCGAUAAAUUUGCAGUAAGCCAUUUUUUACCGAAAACGGGUCGGCCCGACGAUUACUGGGUUCUGGAAUGGGAAGGGAAGCUGGCGAUUGCAUGUAUCGUGGGGCCCAAUAUGGAGGUGAAGGAGCUGGAGGACCACGAGAAGGGGAGGUGGGGUGUCGAGGAGAGGAUCGUGCCCCUGCCGUGGAUGAAGAAGGAGGCGGAGGGGAAUGAGGUGGUGCCGUUGUUGGUGAGGGAUGGGGAGAUGUGGUUUUGGGUCAAGGGCGGGGAGAUAUUCACGCGCAAUAUCGAGACAGGCGAGCGGACGGACUAUGGAAUGGUGAGGAAUUUGUUGGCCUCGACGAGGCUGUACCCUUACAAGCCGAGCUUGAUCGGUUUUCAAGGGAUGGUGCCAGAGACUAUGUUCGAGAAGUUUUGCGAUUAA